AGAUGUCACUGGCAGAUACCAUAUAUGAACGUAAGUGAAGAAACAGACUUGCAAGUGAGGACACAUUUAAAACGCCACAUGUAUUUUCACCUCAUGAAGAGCUUCAGCCAUGAAUUGGAGGGUAAAAGUCAAUCACACUUGAGAAAUCCAGAGGCAUUUCAUCUAAAGCCUGAAGUAAAAAUUAUAGAGCAGGUUGAACACCACCAUGCAGCACACUGUGGCUCCUCAGAUGAAUCUCUGGGUAGGGAUGAAGCUGCUGCAUUGACUAAAAAAGGAUUAAUUUCCAUAGCAAAAAAAGCAGAAUCACAGAAAUCAAUGUUUGCAAACAGCUGGCGCCUCCAAACAGAAACAAAGGAUAAAGCCCAUCACUUUGAAAAGUCUGAGACUACAGAUGAAAAGAAAAUCAACAGAGGCAUGACAGAUCCAUCGGGUUCUCUUCUGUUAUCAAAUGCAAAUGACUCAACAGAUAGAGAAGAUAAUGCUGUUCAUUACAGACCCUCCUCUUUAACUACACCUCGUCUGCAAACCCAGACUGAAAAACAACACUCCUUCAGUGCUCUGUGGCUGCAAACCCAAGGAAUGUCUAAUAAUACGAGGAGUUGUCCCCACAGCCCUGCAGAUAUCAAUACAAACAGAGCUGCAAUAAGAGGAUUAAUAAAUUUGCCAUGUUUCUCCAAAAAGAAAAUCUUUAUGGUCUAUAUUUGUGGACAAUAUCAAGAUUCUGAGGCUGAGCGAAAUGCAUUAAUGGAAAAGUCCUUUCCUUGGUUGUACAGCUAUUGUAAAAAGAGAGGUUAUGACUUCCGCAUGUUGGACCUGAGAUGGGGAAUAAAAGAUGGAAUCACUAAUAAUCACCAUGUUGCUUCCUUUCAUAUAAAGACAAUGAGGAAGUGUCAGGAGUUAGGAUUCCAAACUUUUGUGGUUUUCAUUGGGCAAAAGCAUGAUGAUCCCUGCCUCCCAGAAAUAAUAAACAAGGAACAUUUUGAGGCAAUCAAAGACACUAUUGAACGUAUGAAGCUGAGUAUGCAAAAAAGAAGCCCUGUCUUGUCUGGUAGUCUGAAGACAGAAGCGCUUUUAGGAAAAGCAGAUGAGAUUCAAGGUGAAGUUCACCAAGACGUCCUGAGCCUUGAUCUACCAUCAUUCAAAGAACAUGAAGCUAAAAGCCCCAUCAAGGAGGAAGAUGAAGCAGUCAGUUCAAAUGGGCAAGAUUUUGCUACUGCUUUUCCACCCACAGAGAAAACCGAAGUUGAAUAUGAGGAGGAACUUCAGCUUCUCAAUAAGUGGUACCAUUUGGAUGAAAAUUGCAUCCCUGCAAAUUACAGACUUCAGACUAUUGGAGCAGUGUACAGAGACAUCUUUAGCAAGGAUCCUACUCGCAGGCAACAAGCUAAGAACAAGUGGUUGGCAUCUUUUCAGAAACUAUGUAAGAUAUUUCAGGAAUAUGUUCCAGUUGCACUUGACGAAGAAGCUGCCACUGCACUGCUCAAAACAGUGUUGCAACAAGAAGUGGAUCAAGGAUUGCAGAUCCAAGGAUCUCGUGAGGAUCACUGCUACUGCUUCAAAAGAAACAUCACUGACCUGCAGUGCAACUUGUCAAGGAGUCAGGCAUUCAAAUACAUUGACAUUCACCCACAGAAACCACAGAUCGACAAAAAAAAGCAGAAAGCACAUCAGGACUUUGUGGAAAGCAUUCAUUCUAAGCUUCGUCACACAAAUAUCUAUACAAAAAAUGUUGGCUGGGGAAGAGAUGGAAUAAGUCCUGUCAGCAACAGAGCCCAUGCUUACUAUCUGGAGUGCCUUUGCAAUGACUUCCAGAAAAUUGUUAUCAACCAAUUCAACAGAAUGUGUAGUUCAACGGACUUUAAGGAAAGGCUGCAUACAAGAAGUCAAGCACUUGAAAGUCACAAUGAUGAAGAGAUUCUGGAACAUAUCCAGUACUGUCAGGCCUUGGUUAAAUGUAUGGUAGGUAGAGAAACAGUUUUGUGUGAGCUGAAGAAUCUUAUUACAUCUUCAAGCAGAAGAUUAACUAUAAUCUGCGGAGAAGCUGGAUGUGGGAAAAGUACCCUCUCAGCAAAGGCAGCCACACUGGCUUCUAGCUGGAUCUCUGGGAACCUCCGAGUUGUAAUUCGAUUUAUUGGUCUCACUGGUGAAAGCAGAAGUAUCCGACUGAUUCUCUUGAGUCUUUGCUAUCAGAUAGCAGAUAUUUACAAUGUCACUGUUACUUUAUCCAAGGAUUUCAAAGCACUGGUAGAAGAGUUUGCUUCUUUACUGGAAUUUGCAACACCAGACAAGCCACUUUUAAUAUGUCUGGAUGGAAUAGAUGAAUUAUUAGAGGAGAAUAAUGCUGAUCUUUCUUGGAUACCUACUGAACUACCAAAGAAUGUAUAUUUUAUUGCUUCCAUAUGCACUGAAUCAAGUUUUCCCCAUUUACAGGAACUGGAGAAAAUGACAGUAAAAGAGAGCAUUCUACAAAUACCUCCUUUAACAUCUGGAGAAAUCAAUGAGAUAAUAAGUUCCCGGUUACAAAAGGACUGCCGAAGACUCUCUGGUCACCAACAUGCUGUUUUAAUGGACGCCUGUACAGCCUGCCCGCUGCCACUUUAUGUAUCCUGUGCUUAUAAGGAGUCCUGUUUAUGGUCAUCUUUCAGUCCAGAAACCAAGGUGUAUCUUCCUCAAAAUAUACCUGGCCUGUACACACAAACUCUGAGCAGAAUGGAAAAAGUCCAUGGGGAACAAGUUAUGAAAAAGAUGGCUGCUUAUGUGACACUUUCAAGAAAUGGUAUAACACAGGAAGAGCUGCUUGAUCUUAUGUCAAUGGAUGAGGCAGUAAUUCAAGAAAUAGCUAAAUUUCAAAAUGUGACUGUUUCAGCAUUCCCUCUAGUACUGUGGUUGAAGCUUUUGGAUGAUCUUGGAGAGCACUUGAAAGAGCAAAGAAGUGACAACAGUUAUGUUUUCAGCUGGGCCCAUACGUCUCUGAAACAUGUCUGCCUAAAAAGAUACCUCAAAACACAGGAUUCCCAGGUUUCACUACAUGCCACCUUCGCAGACUACUAUCUAGGCAGAAUAUCACAUGGUCUCAGAAAACACAAUGAUGUGUCUACAUUUCAGCCUUUAGCCUGGGUUUUGAAAAAAGAAUCCAAAAUUAGCUAUGUAUUCAACAUGAGGAAACUCCUCGGGACUCCAUAUCAUCUCAUCAAAUCAAAGAAUUGUAUGGCUCUAAUAAAAGAAUGUCUGUUUAAUUAUGAGUUUCUUUUGCACAAAUCCCAGGCUUUGUCGAUUAAUAGCAUAGAAGAUGAUCUCAGAGCAGCCAUCAGUGCAGAAAGGACUGUCCCUGAUUUAGCUUUAUUAAGUGAAGUUCUAAAACUAUCAAGGAAAGUUUUAGUUAAAGACCCUUGUCAGAUGGCUUCCCAGUUGAUAGGUCGCCUCCGUCAGAUUGUGGCAGCAGGUAAACUGGUCACCCUAGGUGAUCCCAAAAAAUAUCUUUAUCUGUCGGCCCUUUUGUCUCAGUGCCUGAAGUCUUCCAUUCCUGUCCUUAUACCUUCAACAUCUUGUCUGAUACCACCUGGUGGACUUCUUUGUGACAUUUUGACAGGUCACCUGGACAAGAUUACCGCAAUAGGAGAAACCCAGAAAGAACUCAUAGUUGCAACAGCCUCCUGCGAUGGGACUUUGAAACUUUGGGAUUUGCAGGCUGGCAAAGUCAUCUUUACUCUGCAUGGUGUUGGAAAGAAUAUCAGUGCUAUUGCAGUGUGUUUGGAGAACAGGUUGGUGGCCGUGUCAGACAAGACCACCAUCAAAAUCUGGGAUCUUUCUUCAAAAAGAGUAAUAUACGCAGCUGGUGAGUUUUUAGAUACUCCAAUAUUAACAUCUGCAAUGAAUGGACAGCUCCUGCUGGUUUUCUUUAAUGGCAACCACAUGGUUCAGGUUUUUGAUCUAACACGUUCGUGUCAACUGGUCCACCAAGGAUUCCUUUCGACAGAAGAAGUACCAAUGCACAAGAACCGUUCUAUUCUGGUAUCAAAGAAUUCUGUGAAAGAAUAUGUUCUCUGUGCCUAUAGAAGUGGAAAUGAAGCAAUGGUCUUCAGUGGCAAAAAGGGGAAAGUAGUUGCUAAGCUGAAAAGCCAAGAGCCAGUGGCUGCUGUUGAGGAUGUGGCUGUAACUAAGGAGUACUUCCUGGUAAUCUUCAGGUGUCCCUUUAUGCAACAGCAUGAGAUUAUGCAAAUAGAACUCUACAAUGUCCACAGCUUUGCCUAUGCUCACAGUCUGAAAGGCUGCUGCAAUGAUUAUGUUCACAUUUUUGCUGUACCUCGUCAGGGAUCUCACCUGGUAGCAUUCAGCCCCAUCCCAAACACCAAUACCACUGAGAUAUUAUUGUGGAACCUGGAGUCUGAAGAACACAAACAUUUGGCUAAAUUUCCUUCAAUCCCAGCUGGUGGUGUAUGUUCUGAUCUUCGAUAUUGUUUAGCAUUUUGUGAUGGAGAAAAUUAUCUUCAGUUAUGGAAUUUGGCUUCAAAGAUCAAUGACCAAUCCUUGACAGUCACAGUAAGCAAAAGAAAGAAAACAAAUGGCAUCCAGAAUAUUGUGACCAUGGAGAACUAUCCCAGGUAUGCUGUGUGCCAAAAUAUGAGUCCAGGAGCCAUAACAGUAUGGAAUAUUGUGAAAUCAAAAUGUAAACACAAUGCUGUUAGAGUGGAGAAGGGGCUGUUAGAGAACACGGAUGUCGUGCUGGUGAGAGACAUGAAACUUUUUGUCCUUACAGACAAAGGAAUGUCCUCCUUUACCGACCCCCCGAGACCCAUUUUCCAGACCCUGUUGGUUUAUGAUCUCCUGAAAAAGAAGUACAUAAAGAAGCAGACAGGCCUUUACAUCAUUCCUUGCCAAAGUAAUGAGUACAGGAUCCUUGAAGGAGGCCUUCUGCUUGGUCUCUCAGAGAACAGAGACCAUUUUAUUACUUGGAAUUUGGAAACUGGAUUCAUUAAAGAUCGAAUAAGACCAGAAUACAAAGACAAAUUCUCCUUCCACGCUGCCCAACCUAACCAUGCGUUGUCCAAAGAAAACAUGGAACUAUACAAAGAAGUCUUGUCCAAAAGAACCACAGCAGUGUUAUGUCCUCCAUGGGAAAGGCGGAAUGAAAGUAAAACAGGAAAGAAAAGACGAUGGGAAAAGGCAGCGAAAGCAGAGAUGGAGAAGCUGCAGAUGCUUGUGAAUGAGAAGAGCAAUGCUAUUGACCAGUACCUCCUGAGUGGAGACCAAAAGGUGGCUGUUUGUUCCUACUACGCACAUCACUUGUCAGUGUUCAGUUUGGAAAGCAUGUCCCAUCUCCACACUAUUGAGAGUAGAGAGUCCAUGCUUUUCUUACACAGUGCUGCCUUAACCUAUGAUGGUCUUUACCUGGUACUCACCAAUUACAAUGAGGAGGAAAAAGUCAGCUAUGUAACACUGUGGAAUUUAAAGUCUGGAAAGGUUCAGAAAAGAUUAAAAAAUGAACCAAAUGUCUGUUGCAUAGCCAUUACUGAUGAUGCAAGUAGAAUAAUAUUUGGAGAGAUGGUGGAAAACAGGAUUAAGAUUUGGGAUCCAUUUAAGCACGGGCACAAGUUAAUUCAAGGUUAUGAAGGUCUUCAUCUGACUGUGAACAGCAAACUACACAUAUUAGAAGGGACAAAGGCCAUCCUGCUUGCAGGUGAAGUCAGCCUCUGGGACUUGGAAAGUGGCACGCUUAUAUCCAUCUUUACCCCAGACAGCAAGAUCUCCUACCUAACUGUUGCCUUUGACAGACAGACGAUACUUUUAGGCUUAAGUGACAGCACAACUCUCAUCACCUUGAAAAUGGUGAGCAUCACCAAUGCUGGAAGUUCAACAGGAAAAGAUUUAUUUGGAGAAGAAUCUACAAGCAGCGAAGAAGAACAUGAAAAUAGUUAAGAAAACCAUUCUGAACAGAAUACAACACAUCAGGUAUAUAAACUUAAAACGCAAGUACUGCACACAGUACAACUUA